UGUUGCUUUUACAUAAUCUGAUGGGCAUUUACCUGGCAAAUGUUGGGCAUGAUUCAAUGAGACAGCAUUUUGUGCAGCAAACUAUUGGGCAGGUCUUUGUAAAUUAAGCUGUAAUAAUUUGGCUGUCAAGGGACUUAUAUGCAUCUAUAUUGCUUUUAUUUCAGAUUACUGAAAACCUACAACAGUCCGAAGGACAAACACUUGACUAAGUACAUCAACAAUACCUGGAUAAGACAACAUCAUCAGAGAUCAGGACUGAUCUCGAGUUGUGGAAGAAUAAUAACUGAGAAGGAAUGCCAGCUGAAUACUAUACAGGAGGAACACCCGAGAUACACACGAGAAUGCCUGGCUGGCACCGUGUUUCAUAAAGCCCUUGGCAUAGAGGCGGGACCAUCCAGAAGACCGGUGGGAAAUGCCAGCUUUAUGUACUCCCCUCAUCCACCACCCAGUCCAAGAAAUCAUCGUGGGCUCUUCCCUCCCCUUGGCAGAGAAGCAACUGGUCGCUCCCAACAACAGACUUCCAGGCAACCACAUAUAGCUCCAGGGGAUCUGCAGCACUCACUCCAUUUCCCACCACUUCCCAUCUGUGCUGCAGUGGGGGCUGUAAAUACUUCAACAUCUGAAAAGAAGUGCCUGGCACCUCAACUCAGUCUACAGCCUGCCAGCAGGGAGGAAAGGAGCGAAGUAAAACAUCCAAAUGUGGCAAAAUACAUGACCAGUAUAUCUCCAUCAUUAACACUGGUCUGAUACCGGCACCUCCUCCACCCCAGCAAAAACGUGGAAACACAGUGAGAAGUGAGGUAACCAGAGGGAGAAAAUUGUGUCCCAUCAGUGUGCCCACUGAGGCAGAGCACCCUCCGAGGAAGGUAAGUUAGCUCUGUCUACAUCUCUGUUUAUGUACAGGUGUAUAAUCUUCCUUGUUGGUGUAUUUGCCUAAUGCUGAAAGAUAUGUCUACCUAGUUUGCAUAAAGAUUCACUGAAUUUUUGAAAGAAAUAGAAUUCCUAACUAUUCAAAUAUGUAACUGCCACCCAUCUCUCUAUA